AUGAAGUAUACUGUCUACGAUCGCUUACUCAAGCGGGAAGUCGGACAGCAGCCCAGGAAAUAUUCCGACAUUCGAUCCAUUUACGGUGACCGCAAAUGGAUCGACGACCUUGAUAUUGUGAACGAGUUAGAAGGCCAUAAUGGAUGUGUUAAUGCUCUAAGUUGGUCAACCUCGGGCCGCCUGCUCGCCUCUGGCUCCGACGACCAUCGUAUCAACAUCCACUCGUACCACCCCGAAUCGUCAACUUCGCAAUUCAAUCUCACGACUUCGAUCCAGACGGGACACCGGUCCAACAUCUUCUCCGUAAAGUUCAUGCCCUACUCCAAUGAUCGUACCAUUGUCAGCGCAACAGAUGAUGUAAGGAUAUUCGAUAUCGAACACUCAGGACACUCGGCCCUCGGAUCUACUGGCAGAUCUAACAAUGGAGGAAGUGCAGGUAGAGCACGCAGCAGGGUGACGCUCACAGAGGGAGAUACCAAUGCAAAGGCAUUUCGUUGCCACACCGACACCGUAAAGCGGAUUGUCACCGAGGAUAACCCCUUCUACUUCCUCACAUGUUCAAAUGAUGGGGAGGUACGACAGUGGGAUGUACGGCAACCCUCCAAGGCAUACCCGCCUGCACGAGACACUAUGCUACCAGCCUGGGCAAGGGACGAAGACGCUUCAGACAGCAUUCCGCCGCCGCUCAUCUCCUAUAGUCGAUAUGGACUGGACCUCAACACGGUGUCCUGCUCGCCUAGUCAGCCGCACUACAUUGCAUUGGGCGGAGCACAUCUCCAUUGCUUCUUGCAUGACCGACGUAUGCUUGGCCGUGAUAUCAACAACGAGCGGGGAACCAGGCUUCCCAGUCCAGGGAACUGGAGUGAACAUGAUGAAGAGCUGUUAGGGAAGGCAACACAAUGCGUCAAGAAAUUUGCGCCCAAUGGGAAGCAGCGCAUGAACAGAAAUGAUGGUGGUCAUAUUACAGCAUGCAAAAUCAGUGAUGCCGAGCCGAAUGAGCUCAUUGUGAGCUGGUCCCAAGAUCAUAUUUACAGUUUCGACAUUCUAAGGGCUCCGGAUGCUAGAGAGAACAUAAAACCUAUCAAGACGUCGAAUGGUGGAACUGACCAUCGCGUAAAGGACACGAAUAGGAAGCGCAAGCGACCAAAGUCCAGCACCUUGUCACAAGAAGGCGUUGAGAGAGCCGAGUCAAGACUACGGACUACAAGUGCUGAUGAGGAUCUAGCACUGCGAGUAACCUACGGAAACGGCCAGAGCGAGGAUAUCCGCAUUCAUCCUCCUGCCGAGAACCGCAUGUCUCAGGAGGAGUUGAACGACCUGCGAGCAUCAGACCAUUACCGCAUUGCAAGCACAACAGUCAGGAUAGCAAAGCGCAUCUUCGAUCUCGGUGAGCUUGGGGAAUCCGGACUCCAACUCGCAUGCACAUCCAUUGUAGGUCUGGCGAACUCAAUCUUGUCCGACAUGGAUGAUAUAGAUAGGACAUGGGGCUAUCCGAUCGACCCAGAUCCCCUAGACGUUGCAGUUCAAAACAAACUCCGAGACAGUAGAGCGGCUUCCCGUCGCUUCGUUCAAGCAGCUGGCACAUUAGCACGUGUACUGGGAGGACAGCUCUUGACUGGAUCCAGCUCCGAUGCACUGAUCGCCCAAUAUUUCGCAUCAAUACAACCAGCACCACGAGAGCGCGACCUCCCACGACACGAACAGUUCGGAUAUGACUUCUUGAAAGCUAUACUAUUGUGGAUCGAUAGCGGUCCCGGAGCAGUUGUGGAGGGCUUUUCGCGGCGAAGUGGGAGUGUUCGCUUCCCCAUUCCACAUGAUUCGGGCAUGGAUGCUAUUCAGGAGCGAUUGAUUCCAUAUCUGCUUGAAUUGGCAAGCGACGACAGCAUUAUCAACGUGGACACCUCUAAAUUUGAAACAGAUGCGACUCGGGUUCUGUUCGACUCUGAAUUCGAGGCUGUCGAUACCUUUGGCCAUGCACUAACCGUACCCUUUGCCGAUCUCACUGGCGACAAUGAGUCCACAUCAGAGUCGAAGUCUUCCAGCGAACCCACACAGACUCGCGCUGCAGCAAAACGGAGAUGGGUGUGCUAUGUUGGCAGAGGUGUGCUGCGCAACGCCGCCAAGGAUAUCAAGUUUGCUUUUGUGGACCGCGCAUUUGGCGGCCAGGGUAUCUCGGACAAGACUAUCAGGGCUGAAGAGAAAGCAUUGAGAGAACGGCAGGAGGAUAUCGAUCCUUCCGUAGAUGAAGGGCCGGUCAGGGAUGCGGAACUAGUCAGCACAUCAGCACGAGAGAGUGGUGAUCAGGACGAGGUUGUUUCAAGCUCUGCUAAUGCGAACGAGUCGGGGUCAGUGGCUGUUGAAAGUGCUGAUGAAGAUAACGAAGACGAAGAAGAUGAAGACGAGCACGAGGAUGAGGACGACACUGAUGGUGAUGUAGAUUCAGAUGACGAAGCAGAAGACGACGACGAUGACGAUUCUGACGACGUGGACGAAGAAGGACUCCAACGCACACGAUCUGGCCACAUGCUUUGGCGAUCGGACUUCAGCCGCAGUCGUUACCGGCGAUGGAAGGUCGAGCGCGAUGUACCUUGUGCACCUCACACACGUGUCUACACCGGCCAUUGCAACGUCAAGACAGUCAAGGACGUAAAUUACUUCGGUCUGCAGGAUGAAUACGUCGUCAGUGGGAGUGACUCUGGACACGUGUUUAUCUGGGAUCGCAAAACAGCAGAGCUUGUGAACAUCUUGGAAGGGGAUGGAGAGGUAGUAAACGUCAUCCAGGGUCACCCCUACGAACCUACAAUGGCGGUUUCCGGUAUCGAUCAUACCAUCAAGAUCUUCUCUCCAGACGCCCAUCUCCAACGUAAUGCACGCAGAGGUGUCGGUGUGCACUCCUCAGAUCCAGGUUCCUUCUCUAGUCUCAAUUUCGGCCGUAGACAGCGUAAUCGCGCAGCCGAACCCUCCUCUUCCACCAACACCCAGGAUGAAAGUGAAUCUGCAGUCGACAACGCCCCUAGCGACAGCGAUGACGAAGUUGCACCUGGUGGACUAAGCAGUCGGAAGAGGAUGCACCAGAGUUAUCAGAUCACGAGUCAGAAUGAUAUGGAAAGGAGAGGCGGAAGAGACGACUAUUUCAUUAGCCAGGCUGUCUUUGCGCAGUUGGCUAGGCAUAUUGCGAGGGGGCAAGGUGCUGGAGGUGGAGGUGAGGAAGGAGAAGAGGAUGGGCCGAUUGUCAUCUCAGAAGAGAACUGUAAUGUCAUGUAG